AAUGCUUGACUACUAUGUGGCGUUAUUCACACCCAGAUCGUUAAGUUAUACAGCUCCGGUCAGGCCUGCUUCUCUUGCCUGUGGAUAUCCAGCGGGAAGCUGGCGGACCUAUGGAAGCGCACCUCUUUGCCUUUCUUAGGGGAGAAAAAAGUUCAACUGUUUGCUCUACUUUUCCACCGUGGGAGAUACAAAUAUCAGGCUGCCGAGAAACGGCUAGGGAAAUACUGUACCCUAAACUUUAACUGUUUGUAGCUCAUUUUCUUUGAGUUUCCAUUUAAUGACUCAGCAUUUCUGCCAUAAACAGAAAAACUGCAGAGUAGUUUAAUUGGCUAAAAGAGAACAUGUAAGGAUAGUAGCCAUUGCUUUAUGUUCUCACAAUGGGGAGAGAAUGUGGAUGCAGUAAAUGGAACCAGAGGGACGGUGAACGGGGGCUGAAAACAGUGAAAUCACGUUUCACAGUUAAGGAACUGUUAAGAGGACAACAUGGGGACGCCUGGUUCUGGAAGGAAAAGGACGCCUGUAAAAGACCGAUUUUCUGCAGAAGAUGAAGCUUUGAGUAACAUUGCCAGAGAGGCAGAGGCAAGGCUGGCAGCCAAACGGGCUGCUCGGGCAGAAGCGAGAGACAUACGCAUGAGAGAACUGGAGCGACAACAGAAAGAGCACUGUCAUUAUUCCUUUGACCGGAAAUGGGGACAGAUUCACAAGUGGCUGGAAGAUUCCGGAAGGGCCCGGUAUUCCCACCGGUCCAGUCACCGUGGACCUUCUCUGGGAGUUGAGGAUGCGCUGUCCAUUCGAAGUCUUGGCAGCCACAGGUAUGAUGCUCUCAAGGAUAGAUCGUCAAGACUUUCAUCAUUAAAUCAUUCUUACAGUCACUCUUACGGAAUGAAGAAGAGGUCUUCUGGUUCUCGUAAAGACCCACUGAGUGGCCUCUACUUUGACCAGAGAAACUAUAGCAGUCUGAGACAUAGCAAACCCACCUCUGCCUACUACACUCGGUCUUCUUCCCUGUGUAGUGACCCUCUGGCGACAUCAAGGAGUAACAGGGCCUCCUCCACCGCAGAUUCUGGUCUGCUGAGAAGUACCAGUCUGGUGUCAUUGUAUGACGGCGGAUUAUAUAACCCUUAUGGGUCUCGAACUCCAUCCGAAUACAGUUCCUACUCCUCAAGAACGAGUUCGGCCCGAAGCAGUCCUGUGUUUACCGACGAUGGCAGUGCAAGCGUCGGGUCUUCUGGUCGUGCCAGUCACGGGCGAAGGGACAGUGUGGUGUCUGCCGCCGAGUAUUUUAGUCGCUCCAAUCGUAGGGGGAGCGUGGUCUCUGAGGUGGAUGACGUCAUUGUCCCAGAUGUGACCGGCUUGGAUGAAAAAUCUGACAAACAGUAUGCCGAAAAUUACACAAGACCUUCGUCUCGGAAUUCUGCCUCAGCAACAACCCCUCUGAGUGGAAAUUCAUCCAGACGAGGGAGCGGAGACACCAGCAGCUUAGUAGAUCCAGACACCUCAUUAAGUGAAUUGCGGGAUAUCUAUGACCUUAAGGACCAGAUACAGGAUGUAGAAGGGAGAUACAUGCAAGGGCUUAAAGAACUAAAGGAAUCUUUGUCUGAAGUGGAAGAAAAAUACAAGAAAGCCAUGGUUUCCAACGCACAGUUAGACAACGAGAAGAACAACUUGAUCUACCAGGUAGACACCCUCAAAGAUGUUAUUGAAGAACAGGAGGAACAGAUGGCGGAAUUUUAUAGAGAAAAUGAAGAGAAAUCAAAGGAGUUGGAAAGGCAGAGACACAUGUGCAGUGUGCUGCAGCAUAAGAUGGAUGAGCUUAAAGAAGGCCUUCGGCAGAGAGAUGAGCUCAUCGAGGAGAAUCAACGAAUGCAGCAGAAAAUAGACACCAUGACAAAAGAGGUGUUUGACCUCCAGGAGACACUUCUUUGGAAAGAUAAACACAUUAGGGCCCUAGAGAAACAGAGAGAAUACAUUGCCUGCCUUAGGAAUGAGCGAGAUGCGCUCAGAGAGCAGCUGGCUGACCCGAAGGAGACGGUGAAGACAGGAGAGAAGCAUGGCUUAGUUAUAAUCCCUGAUGGCACCCCCAAUGGUGACGUCCAUCAUGAACCGGUGGUUGGAGCCAUCACUGUGGUGUCCCAGGAGGCUGCUCAGGUCUUGGAGUCUGCAGGAGAAGGUCCGCUAGACGUCAGGCUACGAAAACUUGCUGGAGAAAAGGAAGAGCUGCUAUCACAGAUCCGGAGGCUGCAGCUGCAGCUGGAGGAAGAGCGGCAGAGGUGCUCCCGCAGCGAAAGCACGGCGGCCGACCUGGCGGGGCUGCACAACGGUUCGGACCUGCAGUUCAUCGACAUGCAGAGAGAUGCCAAUAGACAAAUUAGUGAAUACAAAUUUAAGCUUUCAAAAGCAGAACAGGAUAUAACCACGUUGGAACAAAACGUCAGCCGACUCGAGGGCCAGGUGCUGAGGUAUAAGGCCGCCGCCGAGAACGCGGAGAAAGUGGAAGACGAACUGAAGGCGGAGAAGAGGAAGCUACAGCGAGAGUUACGAACGGCACUGGACAAGAUCGAGGAGGUGGAGAUGACCAACAGCCACCUGGCCAAGCGGCUGGAAAAGAUGAAGGCCAACAGGACAGCACUUCUGGCCCAGCAGUAGGAGGCGCCCCUCCGCCCGGGAGCCGAGCCGCGCCCGGGGUCCCGCCCAGAGGGACUUUCUGUCCAUUGACACAAACCCCCUUCUGUACUGUUUGAGUCUUGUCAGUAAAAUAGCCACCUUUGUAUUUUAUAAUUUAUGAGAGAAUGAAACAGGUUUGAAUCUUCAUGAAUGAACGCUUUGGAUUUUGUUUGUAAUUUGAUUCUAGACUAAGAACUGGUCCGUGCUGUUUUUACUUUUUAUUUCCAUAAUUGUAGAAUCGAGUUUACUCACCAUUUCCCCCAGCGGCCUCCGUGACGGGGCUCUCGUCACGGCGAGAGGACGGCGGUUCUGUGAGCGCCCCGUGAGAUACUUGGCUGGAGACCUCGGGAAACACAAGUGCCUUCUCCACGGUGCAAUUCAGACUUCAGUCCUCUCCAGCGGUCAAAGACACUUACCCUUCGUAUCAGAUAGCAUUUAUAUUUUAGUGAAGAAACUGGUUCACACGUGGGGAAUGUAUGUUUCACUCAAAUUUCUAUGUUUGGAGGAAGAAGCCUUUUUUUGUAAAAUAUUUAAAUUUAUAUAAGAAAAUGUUAGAAAAAGAUACGGAUACGGGGAGUGUAUAUAAAACUUGCUUUAUUGCAUGUGGCCGGGGAAGUCCAAAGCCUGACGCUAAGGUAAGAGUAGGGCCCUUUGUCGUCAACAUCGCCUGUGCUGUAUCUCGUGUAAAGUAUCUCAUCUGCUGCUGAUUUGUGGAAUGAAACCUCAGACGAGCCCGGCGGGGGGUGCGGGGGCGGGGGAAGUCGGCCCAAGACCCUAUUAAACACACCCUCUUGCUGACCA